AUCGAAUACUGUUCGGUCGAAUAGGAAUAUAGUCCACGUUCGCUGUUCAGUAUUUUUGGAUUUUUUCUCGUUUAUUGAAAAUUAAUUGACUUGAAAUCUAAUAUCUUUAAUAAUUAAGAUAAUGGAUGUUACAGAAGUUUUUAAUAAUGCGGAGCAAACACCGAAUCGAGCUCUGCCUGGAAACUCUCAUCAAGGUGAAAAACGUCCGGCAGGGGAUGAACCAGAUGUUGUGCCUCGCAAAAUAUCAGCGGAGGAGCAUAAAAGACGACUAUUAGAAUUAGUUGAACAAGCAGAGGAUGUACCAGAUAGCAUAGAUGAAACUGGAUUAAAGAGAAUGAUACUCUCUUUUGAAAAGAGGGUUAACAAAAAUCAGGAACUUCGUAUCAAAUAUUCCAACCAGCCUACAAAAUUUGUCGACUCUGAAGUCGACUUGCACGCAGCUAUACAGGAACUUCACGUUAUCGCUACGCAGCCUAAUCUUUACGGAAUCCUUGUUCAAUUUAAAGCCCAUUCCACCUUGUUACAAUUACUCCUUCACUCGAAUACGGAUAUUGCUGUUGCGGUUGUUGAUUUACUUCAAGAAUUGACCGAUAUUGACGAAGACAAUCAAGAGGACAGCGGUAUCGAUUCCCUAAUUGAUGCCUUAAUGGAUGAACAACUGCCAUUGACGUUAGUGCAGAAUAUGGAUAGAAUGGAUGAAUCAAUUAAAGAAGAAGCAUCCGCGAUACAUAAUAGCCUUGGAAUAAUUGAAAAUAUCAUUGACGUUCAACCCGAAUUAACGGUUACGAUUGCCAAACAAGGUAUACUUGCAUGGAUACUUAAACGACUAAAACUCAAAGCUUUCGAAGCCAAUAAGCUGUACUGUAGUGAAAUUUUAUCCAUUCUACUACAAAAUCAAACAGAAGUACAAAAGAUGCUCGGAGAAGCGGAUGGUAUAGACAUUCUUCUACAACAGUUAGCUACGUAUAAACGAAAUGAGCCAUCUUCAAACGAAGAAAUUGAGUAUAUGGAAAAUAUUUUCAAUUGCGUCUGCUCUAUUUUGAGCCUAAACGAGAAUAGAGUACGUUUUGUUAAGGGAGAAGGAAUACAACUAAUGAUUUUGAUGUUGAAAGAAAAACACGCCUCCAGAAACUGCGCUAUAAAAGUUCUAAAUCAUGCCUGCAGUGGAGAUGACGGUGGUCCCUGUUGUUCGAAGCUAAUUGAAUCUCUAGGACUAAGAGCAAUAUUUCCACUGUUUAUGAGAACUCCUAAACGUCAUAAAAAAGCCGGUCCAAAUCAAGAGGAAUUAGAAGAGCAUAUUAUAAGUAUCGUCACAUCUCUAGUUAGACACAGUGAAGGAGCUCAACGUCAGCGUUUAAUGACCAAGUUUUCUGAAAACAAUCACGAAAAGAUCGAAAGAUUGCUCGAAUUACAUUUUAAAUAUUUGGAACGAGUUGAGGUUGUUAAUAAGAAAGUGGAAAAAGAAAGAGAGCAGCUUCUAAAAUACGGUGAAGUUGACGAAGAAAAUGAAGAAGAAUUUUAUAUGCAGCGAUUGGAAGCUGGUUUGUUUUGUCUCCAAAUGGUUGAUUAUACUCUAGUUGAGGUAUCCCAAGCUGGUCAAGAUGUAAAAAAUCGAAUAUUUGAAAUUCUCCGAAUGCGUGGAGCCUCUUCAAAAGUAAUCAAGACUGUCGUUCGAGAAUACGCCGAUAAUAUUGGAGAUGCAAUGGAUGAGGAUGACAGACGACAUGAACAGGAGCGGAUUUUGCAAUUGGUUGAUGAAUUCUAA